UUCAAAGCAUCCAGGCAGCGUGUACCUAUCACUAAGUAGUAGGUUGACAUUGUUUAUCACGAAAGAUCUGAAAAAAAUCUGGCCAAUGACAAACAGAUAACGUAUCGUUCAAGACACAGUGGCACAUUUAAACCGACGGCUCUAACAAAACGCUAGUUAUUUCGAAAACUACCUCCAGUGAGAUCGUGAAGAUCAAGACAUACCACCUUGGAAAGUUGAUCGGUUGAUUUCGAAUCAGGUUAACUAUUAGUGCUUGUAAAGCUGACCAUCGAUCAGUUGUGUAAACACCGGCAUUACGAUAAGAGGUUACGGGCCAUAAUAUCAAUGUCGUCGGCGAAACCAAAUGGCUGAACGGACUUCGUGACAAUCAUACCGCUCGUGGAAAUCUCUGCCUCUCGUAUUACUCCCUCCAAAGCGAUGUUGAAAAGCAGGCACGGAAGAUCAUCACCUUGACGUAGCUCUUUGCGCGUUUCAAAUGUACUCGAGCUACACACAACACCCGAAUCAUCGUCGCCUUGAUCAACCUUCUUAGUUUAUCCGGAAAUCCAUGUUCGUGCAGUAAAUGCAAUAGUCGAUCCCAAUCAAUAAGCUCAAAAUAAUACCAUGCGAUCGCCAAGAGACAUCUUUACAUUCUACGACCCGACCACCAAGAUAUGGCGAGGUACCAAUGUGCAACCGCUCUACAACCCAAACCAAUCGCUGGGUGCCUUCCUACUCACCGUGUUGAAUCACAGUCCCCAGCAAAUUACCCAAAUCUCCGCCGAUACAGGUGUUCAGGUGACUUGCGGUGAGAUGCGCCUCCGAACCAUCCGUGCAGCGCAGAACCUUGCUCGGAUGGGAUACGGUCAAGGAAAUAUAUUUACCAUGGCCGUCCGCAACGAUGAGAACGCUGCCCCGGUGUUGUUUGCCUGCUUCACCCUAGGAAUCCCUGUCAACACGCUGGAUGCUUCGUUCAAACGGGAUGAUCUUAGUCACAUGCUCGCCACGAUACGAUCGCAGGUGGUUUUCUGCGAUCAGGAAACGUGGCCUGAAAUGAAAGUCGCUCUACAGAUGACUAAAAACGAUGCAGUAGUAUUCAUACUUGGCGGAGACAAGGUUGACGGCUGCAGACAUGUUGACGAAUUACUGGAAGCAACCGGAAAAGAAUAUCAGUUUGUACCACAGCAUUUCGAGGACGCGGCUACCCGAGUUGCCAUUAUUGUAUGUUCGUCCGGUACCACAGGUAGGCCUAAAGGCGUCUGUCUAUCUCAUUCAACCUGUAUCGCAAACCUAAGUACCAUAUCGGAUAUCUACUCGUCUGAUGUGCUACUCUGCUUCAGUUCCCUCUAUUGGUUGUCCGGAUUGUUCUUCCUCCUGAUUGGCACAACUCUCGGAGCAACAAGAAUAAUCACACGAGAUGUAUUCAAUCCAGCGCUGGCGCUGAAUAUCAUUGAAAACUUCCGUGUUACGAUGACCUUCUUUCCACCGGCUGCAGCACUGGAACUUUUGAAGCACGAACGAGCUCCAAAUACGGAUUUUACCAGCAUCCGAGUAUUGUUCAGUGGGGGAUCAGCCGUUUCUGCCGAACUGAAAUACGCACUUGAAAAAUUGAUAACGCAUGCUACCUGUCAUGUGGGGUACGGUUUGUCGGAAAUAGGAGGCGUUGCAACAUGCAGCGAUGCCGAUACGUACCGCGGUGGGUCCACCGGAUAUCUAAGUUCACUUGUGCAAGCGAAGAUCGUUGAUACGGAUGGCAAAGCGUUGGGUAUUGGGAAACAGGGAGAGAUCUUGCUAAAACCGGUCUUCAAAUUCUUGGGCUACUAUGGGAACGACACAGCUACGGCAGAAGCGUUGGAUGAAGAAGGUUGGUUACACACUGGAGACAUUGGACAAUUCGAUGAAGAUGGUUUACUAUACGUGGUCGACCGCAAAAAGGACAUUAUCAAGUACGGCAAUUACCAAAUAUCUCCGAGUGAACUGGAAGCUGUUGUACAAGCAAUUCCUGGAGUUUUAAACGUAUGCGUUGCCGGAAUACCGAUACCGGGAAACGAUUUACCCGCAGCACUUGUGGUUAAAGGCGAAGGCAUGGAUGUCAAAUCUGACGAUAUUCAUGAAGUUGUAAACGGAAGCUUAGGUAGCUACAAACAACUUCGCGGAGGAGUGUACUUUAUAAAGCAGCUCCCAAUGACGCCUUCUGGGAAAGUUAUUCGAAGACAAUGCAAAGAAAUUCUAAUCGAGCGGUACAACAAUAUCGGGAAAUAGAAAACUUUCUGCUAAAAAAAGGGACAUUUUAACAGGUUUUGACUUUAUAUUUGUUUUUAAUUGUCUGUUUAUCGAAAUUUAUCAUUAUCAUUUUGACGUAUUCACUAAAUACUAUAUAAAUAACUACAAUAAAAAGUGUAUUGAUUUAUUACUGCUUUUUGACCCUUCCUUCGGAAGUGUCUAUAAUUUCACUUUGUAUGCGUUACGCAGAUGUGUUAUGUAUUAAUCUAUCAAGAAAUCUCGUGAAUUAUUAAAUAAAAUGUAUGAUAUUUGAAACAAA